AAAUAAUUUUUUAUUGUAAUAUAAUAAAAAACUUAGAUAUCGAAUAAAAAUGGAUGAUCCGUGCAAGUUGUAAGUUCCGGUUGAACCCCCUUGGUCGCAUCGUGAUAACUCACAACGAAGAGUUUUGGAUCUCCUUCUUCCACCACCACUUCUCAGAAUUCCACCACCGAUUUAUCAACACUCAAGAGACCUUCUUUUUCAAAUCUUUAUGUUUCUCAUUUAUGCUCCAGUUUCAUUAUUCAACUGCCUGUUGCUUUACCCUUCAAUCGGAAACAAUAACUCCGACUCCCGCUAAACUCCACUGCCCGGAAAACCAAGGCGGUGUUCAAGGAAGUCCGCCACAAACAGUAAAUAUUUGAUUGGAAAUCCUAUAUACUUAAUAGUUAAGUUUUAGAGGAGUAUAAGGCUUCAAUGGCGAAGAAACCUGCACCAAGAUCCAGUAAAUUAUCCGUCUACCUUUACGUUCCUAAUAUCAUUGGAUACAUCCGGGUGCUUUUGAACUGUCUUGCCUUCUCUUUAUGUUUAAGAAACAAAAUCAUUUUCCCUAUUCUAUACUUUUUCAGUUUUGUGUGCGAUGCCGUGGAUGGCUGGUGUGCUCGAAGAUUCAAUCAAGUGUCAACAUUUGGAGCUGUGCUGGAUAUGGUAACAGACAGGAUUAGCACUGCUUGUCUUCUUGUAGUUCUAUCCCAAUUAUACAAGCCUGGCCUGGUCUUCUUGUCAUUGCUCGCCUUAGACAUUGGCAGCCACUGGUUUCAAAUGUACAGCACUUUCUUGGCUGGCAAGGCUAGUCAUAAAGAUGUGAAGGACAGCACCAACUGGCUUUUUAGGGCAUAUUAUGGAAAUAGGAUGUUUAUGGCAUACUGUUGUGUCUCAUGUGAGGUUCUUUACUUAAUAUUGUUUUAUCUUGCGGAGAAUCAAACAGAGACAUUGGCGGAUGUUUUAUCAAGUAAUUUACAAAAGAUAACACUAAUCUCUUUCCUAAUUGGCACAAGUUUAUUUGGAUGGGCAACCAAGCAAAUUAUAAAUGUUAUUCAGAUGAAGACAGCAGCAGACAUGUGUGUUCUUUAUGACAUUGACAAAAAACACAAGCACUGAUGUUUAUUCCAUGUCCCUGAAGCCCCUGACUUUGCCUUCUAGUACCGAACUUUAAGCUAAAAGUUUAACAGUAGUCUCUUAGAUGGCAAUUGAGUUUGAAUUGUUCAGUUUUCAAUUGUUUGUAAUCAUAGAAAUACUGAAAGGGAACGAUGCUGAAUUAGAAAAUCCAGCCUUGUAUGUAGCAAACAAUUCAGUAUAGCACAAGGUUCGUUGCCCAUUCUGUUCACUACUUAUAUCACAGUACAACAGAUUUGUUCGUUACCGGAAUUUUGUAUUAUAUAUAUAGGAGCUGAAAUUUGAAUUUUAGACACUUUAAAUUUUAA